UUUCAAGGCCUUAACCACACACAAGCACUAAUUAUAAAUCUCUCAUUUCUCUUCAUCUUCUAAUAAAUAAUUCUUUCUUGAAGUAUAAAUUGCAUUUGCCAUUAUGAACCUUCCAAUCACCAAAGUUCAUUUUAUUGUACUCUUUUGCCUUAUUGGCACAAUUUCAGCUCAAUUAUCCUCUAAUUUUUACUUCAGAACGUGUCCUCUUGUGCUUUCAACCAUUAAAAAAGAAGUAAUUUCUGCUUUGAUCAAUGAACGUCGCAUGGGAGCCUCUCUACUCCGUCUUCAUUUCCAUGAUUGUUUUGUUCAAGGAUGUGAUGCAUCAGUACUUUUGGACGAUACAUCAAGUUUCAGAGGUGAAAAAACAGCAGGUCCAAACGCUAAUUCACUGAGAGGCUUUGAUGUAAUUGACAAAAUAAAGUCUGAAGUAGAGAAGUUAUGCCCUAAUACUGUCUCUUGUGCUGAUAUUCUUGCUGUGGCAGCAAGAGAUUCCGUGGUGGCGCUUGGUGGACUUAGUUGGACUGUUCAAUUGGGAAGAAGGGAUUCAACCACAGCAAGUUUUGGUUUAGCUAACUCAGAUUUACCUGGUCCUGGUUCUGAUCUAAGUGGCCUUAUCAAUGCUUUUAACAAUAAAGGUUUCACACCCAAAGAAAUGGUUGCUUUAUCAGGAUCACACACAAUUGGUGAAGCUAGUUGUAGAUUCUUCAGAACAAGGAUUUACAAUGAAAACAACAUAGAUUCAUCUUUUGCAAAUUCAUUGCAAUCAAGUUGUCCCAGAACAGGUGGUGAUUUAAAUUUGUCCCCACUUGACACAACCUCUCCAAAUACAUUUGACAAUGCUUAUUUCAAGAACUUGCAAAACCAAAAAGGUCUCUUUCACUCUGAUCAAGUGCUUUUCGAUGAAGUAACCACAAAAUCACAAGUUAAUUCUUAUGUUAGAAACCCUUUGAGUUUCAAAGUUGAUUUUGCCAAUGCAAUGUUCAAAAUGGCGAACCUUGGCCCACUUACGGGGUCUAGUGGUCAAGUUCGAAAAAAUUGUAGGAGUGUCAACUAAAAUUCUUGGCCUUCUAUUGUAUAAGUGCAAUACAAGGUUAUAAGCUACUCUCUAUAUUGUAAUCAUAAAUCGCAUCAAACUCAAUGUCAUAUCGUCAAUCAGUAUCAAUAAUAAUGUUGGUACCUAUUUAAUUACUUAA